AUGUAUUUUAAUUUAUGCCAGAACUGCUUGAUUAGAAUAACGGCACGUGGGAGAGAGGCUUUGGUUACAGACUUUGGGCUAGCCCGGGAGGUCGUUGAGUUGCCUACGAAGGAUCUUGAACGGAAGCUGUCCUUGGUUGGCUCAGCUUUCUGGAUGGCACCUGAAAUGUUGCGAGGCGAACCUUAUGACAGGAAGGUUGAUGUUUUCUCCUUUGGUAUAGUAUUGUGUGAAAUACUUGGCAGAGUCACCGCUGAUCCUGAAUUUCUACCCAGGACACAGGAUUAUGGACUCAAUACUGAAGCAUUCAAGGAAAUGGUGAAUGGCUGUCCAAAAGCUGUGCUGGAAAUUACGGUUAACUGCUGUAGGAUUGAUGCCUUCAAGAGACCAUCCUUCCUUGAGUUACUGGACCAACUUGAGGAGGUAGCUGAAAGCUUGGAGCCAAAUGAGGACAAUGAGAUCCUUGUAUGAAACUGUCAGUGUUUGACUGUACCACAAGGCCUUAUAUGGGUGAUAGCAACUGCUGUUAUCAUCAUACAGUGUAUAAAGGAAGAGAAGGAAAACUGGAUAUUUGAGCAUGUGUUAGAAAAAGCUUAUUCACUCAUGAUAGUGAAAAGACACACUCAGUUGCCUAGUCACAUCAGUUUGUUGACCACUGGGGAGUGGCACAAUUUGGACUUUGGGUUAUAAACGUAAACGAGCUAUUUUGACUCAGCUAUCUGUUGUACUUCUCAACUGACCUUUAUUUCCAUGAAUGGAAAUUAAAUUUGGAAGAGAUGUAUAAUGGAUGGUUGAUUUGGUAUUGCUCCACUUUUCAUUGUUACUCAAAUUCCAGAUUAUCCCGCCUUCAUUAAACAGAAUUCAAAAUUUUAACUUGCAGCAAUUGUUGGAAAACUGCCAUCACAAUUCUGUAUCUGGGUUACCAGGCAGAGAAGUGUUUUCGUUCAAUCCAUCAUAUUUGAUGGACUGUAAUGUACAUCAUGACAACUGCUCUCAUAGGAGAUGCAACUUCUGUAAAACUAGAGCUAUAAAUAUAAGACUCCAUUUACUGACAAACCCUUUCAUUGCUGAAUUUCCUCUGUAGUGUUCUUCAAUAUAUUUUUAAUCACCUCGCGCUAAACAGAUUGUCUGUAAUUUGCUUAUGUUGAAUAAUUUAGAUGAAGCAUUAGAGAAAGAAACAAGAUUACACAUUAAAUUUGUACAGGCAAUAUUUUGUGAAUUUUUAUUUUUCUUCCAAGUGACCUCCAAAGGUUAGCAGUAAUGUUUGAUAAACUCAACUUGGCUCAUCUCAACCAUCACCCAUCAAACACCAAGGUCAGUCUUAAUCCAGAGAAGUGCCUCAUCACAAGGCAGUUAUUGUAUAAGAGAAAGGUACAUCAAGUAUCGGUCCGAAUUCUAAAAAGUGUAUCUGUCAGUUGACUGGAAAUUCCGAAUGAGGGUCAGUAAAGCCCAUUCUGGUAGACUUUCUCCAGAAUAGGCAAUUCCUUCUGCAAUCAAUUUGUCUUAUUGGUCCUUCAAUGACAUUAUAUCAGCCUUACCAAACAAUGCCUCAUAUUUACUGUAUUGUAUGCACCGAAGUAGGCAGCAUUGUGUCCCCAGUAAAUGUCAAAAGUGAACAGAAGCUGAAAACAUUCUGAAGCCAAGAAUUAGGUGUUUUUCCAAAAGGCUGAGUCAUUGUGACCAUGUCUAACUUGAAGUGUCAUUCUGGUGUGUGUAGUUGCAAUUAUUACACUCUGAUAUUUAAUGUUUUGAUAACUAAUCAUGUGAAAAGAUUGUGUUUUAACUUAGUGAGCACACCUUAUCAAGUACCAUAUGUAUUGUUCAUGCUGAUAAAUAAUUGAAAAGUAUUGAGUAUCUAUUUCAGUAAUGAAUUAAUUACUCAUUAUCGAAAAAGGAACCUGAUUAUUUCUGUUUGAAAAGAAAGGGAGUUAGAUUUCGAAGCUCCUUUGAUUGUCCACUUAUUAAGAACUUGUAUUUACAUAGUGCCUUUCUUGUCUGAGAAUACUUUGCAGCCAAUGAAAUACUGUUGAAAUCCAGUCACUUGUAAUGUAGGAAACGCAGCAGUCAAUUUGCACAUAGCAAGAACACACAGAGAUAGUGGGUUGAAUUUUAACAGCCUGUGCAGAUAAGCUCAGGUGCUUGUGGGCAUGGAAAAUCAUGAACUUGGAAGACGUCACUGAUUCCUGAGUAAUAUGUCUAGGUUUUCAAAUGGAGGAGUGUAUGGAGGGCAUUGGCAAUCCACGCACCUCAAAUUAGUUGCUUGAUGCAACUAAUAAGAUUGUGGGACACAGUGGAUAGAAACUUUCAAAUAACCAGCAUGGGGAACAUGGAGGGUGUAGGGCAUUUUUUGAGUAUAAGUGUAGGGAACACAGUGAAGAGGCAUUAGUACAUAGCACUGCAGUGCAAUAAAGUUGCAUAAAAGGAGGAGAGCUGAAACUCAAUGUGGAGCUGGAGGAACACAGCAGGCCAGGCAGCA